CAAAACCCUCAAACCUAGUCAGCAAAAGGAUCGUUGUCGGAGCUCUCAGUGUCUCUCUCGCCCAUUAACACAAUUUUCUGCUAAACCCUAAUUCACGCCGUCUCCUUUAAAACUCAAAGCUUUACCGUCGUGUGUUCUUCUGCUUCCUCGCCACCUUCUCUAAUCUCAGGUUUAGGUUAUAAGGAGUACUUGCAAGUAUCAAGAUGGAGGUUGCUUUAGAGGAUAACAAUCUCAUGGAGAAGGUCCUGCCUCCUGAUGAGCAGGAGAUCAAUGUUGAGUUGGAGGCUAAGGAAAAGAAGUAUCUUAGAGGAGAAGGUGCUAACUUAGAGUCAUUGAAAGAUAAGAAACUAAAGACUCAGCUUGCUUCACGAGAAAAGCUGUAUGGCAAAUCUGCAAAAGCUGCUGCUAAAAUUGAGAAAUGGCUCUUGCCGGCUUCGGCAGGGUACUUGGAGACUGAUGGGUUAGAGAAGACUUGGAGGAUCAAGCAGACGGAUAUUGCCAAAGAAGUAGAUUUAUUAAGCUCAAAAAACCAAUAUGACAUAGUGCUCCCAGAUUUUGGCCCUUACAAACUUGAUUUUACUGCAAGCGGUCGACAUAUGCUAGCUGGUGGUCGCAAAGGCCACCUUGCUCUUGUAGACAUGAUGAAUAUGAACUUGAUCAAAGAGAUACAUGUAAGAGAAACAGUACGUGAUGUUGCCUUCCUGCACAAUGACCAGUUCUUUGCAGCUGCCCAGAAGAAGUAUUCUUAUAUUUACGCGAGGGAUGGAACUGAACUCCAUUGUCUGAAGGAGCGUGGUCCAGUUGCCAGACUCCGGUUCCUAAAAAACCAUUUCCUCCUCGCAUCAGUAAACAAAAUCGGCCAGCUCCACUACCAAGACGUUACCUACGGCGACAUGGUGGCUAGCAUCCGUACAGGCAAAGGCAGAACAGACGUAAUGGAAGUGAAUCCCUACAACGGCGUUGUCGCCUUGGGACAUUCCGGUGGAACCGUCACGAUGUGGAAACCCACCAGCCAAGCACCUCUGGUCCAAAUGCAGUGCCACCCUGGACCGGUCUCUGCUGUUGCCUUUCAUCCGAACGGUCAUCUCAUGGCCACGUCUGGUAAAGAGCGCAAAGUCAAGAUCUGGGACCUUCGCAAGUUCGAGGAGGUUCAGACCAUCCACGGUUUCCACGCCAAGACGUUGAGUUUCAGCCAGAAAGGGUUGCUAGCGGCUGGAACCGGAUCGUUUGUUCAAAUUUUGGGAGACUCGAGUGGUGGCGGCUAUAGUAGAUACAUGAGUCACCCGAUGGUGAAAGGCUACCAGGUGGAGAAGGUUAUGUUCAGACCGUAUGAGGAUGUUCUCAGGAUCGGCCACUCGAUGGGAUGGUCGAGCGUCCUCAUUCCAGGGUCUGGGGAGCCUAACUUCGACUCUUGGGUGGCUAAUCCGUUUGAGACGUCGAAGCAGAGGAGGGAGAAGGAAGUUCAUUUGCUUCUUGAUAAGCUUCCACCUGAGACGAUCAUGCUUGAUCCUUCGAAGAUCGGGGCGAUGAGGCCGUCGAGGAGGAAGGAGAAGCCGACGAGAGGGGAGAUUGAGGCGGAGAAGGAGGUGGCGAUAGAGGCGGCGAAGAGCGUUGAGAUGAAGAAGAAGACGAAAGGGAGGAAUAAGCCGAGUAAGAGGACUAAGAAGAAGAAGGAGUUGGUGGAGAAUGCGAAGAAGACGUUCCCGGAGCUAGAAGAGAAGAACAUUGCUGGAAAGAAGAGAAGGAUCGGUGAAGAUGCUGCGGCUGAGUUGCCCACGAGUUUGAAAAGGUUUGCUCGGAAAAACUGAAUGUGAUGUUGACACACAGACAAGUUGGAUAAGUUUUGGCAAUGUCUGAAGAUUUUGAAUUGUAAUUUUGUUUCCUUUUUCUCUCCUAACAAUUGUUUUUGAACUUUGACGAUUUAUCCUACAAAAAAAAACUGAAAUCAAGUUCCAUUGA